AUGUCGCUGAUGUGCACUGUCUUCACCACCGACCAGCACCCAUUCUAUAUCGUCGCCGCAGACGAUGCGUGGCUCGACACCUGGGGCUUUGAGUCAUCGGAGGCCAUCGGCAAGCCCAUUUCCAUCCUCAACGGCAAGGGAUUCGACCCGGCCGCUGGGAAAGAGCUCUUCGCCCGCUUCCUCCAAGCGUCAACGAAGCUGACGCGCUGCAUCAACGUGACAAAGGACGGGCGCCGCCUCUCGCACGACGCCGUGCUGAGCAAGCAGAACAACGGCCAGAUCAAAUGCCUCUCCACCAACUUUACGCUCGCCGCCCCCGCCAACCUGUGCCUGGUCGAUUACUACGAGCGCGAGCGCCGCUCGUCGGCCUCGGACGCCUCGGCCGGCACGGUGCUGAUUUCAGACACCAUCGCUGCCGCCGUUCGCCAGCGCCUGCUCUCCGACUAUUACGAGCUGGAGCGGCGCACGUCGGCGAUGGAUCUCGCCAUCGGAUCGGCCAACAAGAUCCGGUACGGCGUUGACGUUACCGCGCCGAUCCCCAAGCGGCUGCGGUCGGCAUGA